CCGUUGUGCAUAAAACCGCCGCUGCCGCCGCCGCUGUCGGCGUGAGCUGCCGCUCUGGCUUCCUCUCGGCCUCGGGAGCGGCUGCUCCAAUGCUCCGGGGCGGCCAUGAGCGCCCCGCACUGGUGGGAUCAGCUGCGGGCUGGCAGCUCGGAGGUGGACUGGUGCGAGGACAACUACACCAUCGUGCCUGCCAUCGCCGAGUUCUACAACACGAUCAGCAACGUCUUGUUUUUCAUUUUACCUCCCAUCUGCAUGUGCUUGUUCCGCCAGUACGCAACGUGCUUCAACAGUGGCAUCUACUUAAUAUGGACUCUUUUAGUUGUAGUGGGAAUUGGAUCCGUCUACUUCCAUGCAACUCUGAGUUUCCUGGGUCAGAUGCUUGAUGAACUUGCAAUCCUUUGGGUUCUGAUGUGUGCUCUGGCCAUGUGGUUCCCUAGAAGGUAUCUGCCAAAGAUCUUUCGGAACGACAGGGGCAGGUUCAAGGCGGUGGUCUGCGUCCUGUCUGCAGUUACUACGUGCCUAGCCUUUGUCAAGCCCGCCAUCAACAACAUCUCUCUGAUGACGCUGGGGAUUCCUUGCACUGCGCUGCUCAUCGCAGAGCUGAAGAGGUGUGACAACGUGCGUGUAUUUAAGCUGGGCCUCUUCUCGGGCCUCUGGUGGACCCUGGCUCUCUUCUGCUGGAUUAGUGACCGAGCCUUCUGUGAGCUGCUGUCGUCCUUCCACUUCCCCUACCUGCACUGCGUGUGGCACAUCCUCAUCUGCCUGGCCGCCUACCUGGGCUGCGUGUGCUUCGCCUACUUUGAUGCCGCCUCCGAGAUCCCUGAGCAAGGCCCGGUCAUCCGGUUCUGGCCCAGCGAGAAGUGGGCCUUCAUCGGCGUGCCCUACGUGUCCCUCCUGUGCGCCCACAAGAAAUCCUCAGUCAAAGACCACGUGACGGAGGGCGGGCUUCUCUGCCUGGGUGUCCUCCGGGCUUCUUCCCAGCAAAGACCCCUGGGGGGUCUCAGAGUUGGGGGUGGGGUCUAUUUUCUUAAAAAUGCUGUUUCCUUGGGCUCUCCCUGGUGUGUGUGGACCCCGGCUCCACUGCUCCCAGAGAUGGAAAGUAGAGGGCUGAGGCCUGGCUACGUCUUCACAGCGUCACUUCCAGAGGCAGUGGCUUGUGGUCUGCGUCCCUGAGCCCGUGGGGGACUCAGUGCCUCCUUCCUGCGGGUCUGUGGGCUCCAGACCCCCAAUUCCUGCUGACAGUCAGAUCCUGCUACAGACAAUGCCCUCCACCCGUCUGAUGGAGGACGCCAGGUUUCCAUUUGGGAAAACCACACACACACACACACACACACACACACACACACACACACACACGGCUGUGGCUAGGGAAGCUAGCUUUCUGCUUGCCGUGCUCAAACACCCGGGUUUUACAUGCAUUUGUGGAUCCUUUCACUUCUACCUCUGCUGAGACAUGGAGACCUGACAAGUGAGGGUAAAGCUACGGAGAAAACCCCUCUGU